CUUUGAGCUUGUUUGUCUUCUCGGUCGCUCGCGACAUGAAAGCAUAUCUUUGAAUAAACGCCCAUACCUAACGAACCAUGUACUACUCGUGAUUGGGACCAUGUGGAAAUUGCAUACCGAUACCUGGCUACAGCGAUGAGUGCGGACGAACAAUCUCCUGCGGCCUCCGAGCCCUUACAGCUGGCACCCACCCCUAUCGCGGAACUUUCGCCAACGGUCGAGCACCUGUCAGAUAGCUGCAUACACGCUGUGGUUACUUUAUUAUGGCCUUACUCAUCGUCGACAAAGUCACUGAGCCUUUUGUUGGCAGACCCGGACGUUCGUCUCCGCCGGUUGAAUGGACAAGUGAAGGUGGUCUUCCAUGGGGUGAUCGCAGAAAAUGUCGCAAAAUCGCAUGUUGGGAUUGGUGACGUCGUUCGGCUUGGGCUGGCUGGCUCAAGGUUUGUGAGCAAGGAGACGGAGGCCCAGACGCCUGGGAAAUGGAUCGCGUGGGAUGUUCAUUUUGACGAUCGUGUAUUCUUGGAGAUAUCGCGUUCCUCCAAGCAUCUUUCAACCGUGAAAGUCGAACCUCCAUCGCCUGCGUCAGCUAAAGAAGCUAUUCCGAGCACGCCGCCGCGCUUACCUGCGAUCACCAACGGCUAUACCCCCAAUGGGCCUGCUAUAUCAACCAUGGGGCUCGGCGCCUGGCAAUCUCCAGCAUUUGCGGGACGUUCAAGGAAAUCAUACGGCGGCCUAGUCGAUUCGGCUUUUGAUCCUUUCGCAGAGGAGGAUGGGUUCGUCCCAGGGAAAGGAAGGAAGCGAACUAGGUUCAGCAUGCACAAUAGUGACUGGCGCUUGAUUGAUGAACCUGAAAGCCCAGGCGAAAAAAACGUCCCGGCAGACUGGGCGUGGAUCUUCGAUGAGGAGGCCAUAUCAGAUAAUGAGGAACAGGCAGCUGGUGAAAGUGAUCAGAAAUCUUUGGAGACAGCACAGGCCCAAACGGAACCCCAGUUGGAGGCUGGAUCACAAAUAGGUGAUGGUGCAGGCGUGGAUACAGUGAUGGAAGAUGAACCCCCGGUGGACUCUGAGCAAGAUCAAGAGCAACAGGUUGACCACCAAGAAAAAUAUCCUCACGCACACGAAGCUCCUCCCAAUAUCGACCAGCAGGCUGAACGUUUUCGCCUAUUCCAUGAGGCGCACCGCUUGGGAUUUGCUGCCCAUCAGCCGACCGAUACACCACACCUAUAUCCUAUUCCGUCCCCUGGUCUACCUAUCCCUUCGCCGUUGGUCACCACCUCCAACAACUCACUAGGAUAUUUUGCCUCUAUUGCGGCGGGCGUACAGUCGCAGUCUCAGAGGUCCGCCGCGACGGGUUCCGAAUUUAAAUUACCUGAAAAUAACAAUCUUUUUGGGGCUGUCACAGAAGCCGUGCCUAAUACGGUUGACGAUCGUUCUAAUAUACCCCCAACCUUCUCAAGCACGAAAGCCGCAUCGGAGUUGGUAUCGCAAUCGGUCGACUCGGCUGUAUCAAGCACUUCGGAUACAUACGUCGAACAAAAGGAAUUAAUACAAGAAACUGCGAACGAUACAGGGGACGACGAAUCAGCAUCGUCUUUUGUUGAGACCACAGUGGAUACUGAGGUUCGUGUCGACGACGCAAGCCAACAGGGAAGCAUGGAAGAGGAUGAGGAAGAUAGCGAGGUAUAUGAUGAAGAUGAGCUAGAAGGAUCGGAAGAGGAAUCGCAAUUGGAAGCAAGCGAAGACGAGAACUUACAAGAUGACGUCUCCGAAUCUGAAUCUGACUCGGAGGACAAGGAUCUUACCGAGGAUUCAUACCCCGAACGCGUGCCGGCCGACAGUGGGCAUGGCACUUUUGAAUAUUUGAAAAGCGGACAUAUUCCUCAAGAUAUCGCCGAAAUCGAAUCGGAGCGCAGAACACGCUCGCCGGUGGCAAUGACUGGUCCUUCUGCGGGCGAACGCGGAUACUCAGCUGAAGAUACCCGAGAAGAACGACGACAUUACGACCAAUACGACGACAGCGAAGGCGAAAAUGGCGAAGAUGAGGAUGACGAAGAUGGCGAAGAUGAGGACGAGGAUGACAAGAACGAAGAAGUUGGCUUGUUCGAUGACGAAGAUUCCGAAGAGGAAUCCGAUGAAUACGAUGAACAAUCCGGCGAAAUGGUUGAAUAUGACAGCGAGUCGGAUGGCAUGUCUCGUGAAAGCCUUGGCCAACAACAACAACCAAUUCCCGGACCGGCACAGACGGAAGUCAUUGUCCUGGAUAGCGACAGCGAAGACGAACCUGCACCUCCAUACUCCCCAGAAGUGAGAAAACAAGAACAGCCAAUCCUGGAUUCCGACAGAAUGCGAAGUCCAGAAAGAUCCGAGGAUGAAAGCUCAGUCUCUGACGAAAUGCCAUACAAUCUCGGGACCGGGGACUCCUCUGAGGUCGAGGAAUCAUCGGAGGAAGAGGAAGAAGGAGCACCAGGCAGCGAUAUGGAGGACCAAGAGGCAGGCAGUGAAAUGGAGGGCGUCGAGGUGGAAUAUGAAGAAGAGGAAAAUGGAGUGAUAGAAGUUCAGGAAGAAGACCAGUCCGAAGGCGAGCAAUCACAAACGGAUGGAAUAGGGAAUGAGGGCGCCGAGCAUGCUGGGGUAAAAGAGAGCAUGGAGGACGACGCACGCGAAGUCCUGCAACCGGGAACGGCUCAGGAGGAGUCGCGGCAGGAAGACACCCGGCAGGAAUUUACCCAACAGGAGGACGUCAAACAAGGGGAUAUCCAGCCGGAGGAUAUUCAGCCAGAAGAUUUCCCAAACACCCACCGGGACGACUCCCGGCAAGAAGAGCCCCAGGUGGAAGACAUCCGAGAGGCAAGCAUCCGAGAGGAAAGCACCCAGGAGGAAAACAUCCAGGAGGAGAACAUCCAAGAGGAAAGUAUCCAUGAGGAAAGAAUCUGGGGAGAAGAUGUUCAUGUGGAGGAUGCCCAGCAAGAACACUCCCAGGAAGAAAUCCUGGGUGAAGAUGUUGAAGGUGCAGAGCCACAAGACCAAGCAAACAUGGAUGAACCUAUGGAAGUUGCCGAGUUCCAGGUGGAUCAAGAACCCGAAAGGACACGGAUGUUCAUGUCACGACAAGGACCUUCCAACUUGGAUGGACAAGGGCCGGAGCCUCUCGAUGUCUUGAACAAAGCAGAAGACACAACGUCACUGCAGAGUCCAGAACCAACUUUCUUUGAUGCCAAUUCGGGUAUUUUGCCAACAACUCAACAGCAUUAUCCAGCUUAUUCUUCUAGUGCUCCAGAUAGCUUUGGACUAGCUAUCGACCCAGCGCUGCAAGAUCUGGGCCCUGUCCAAGGGACAAUGGACAUCGAUGCAGUUCAAGACUACCAUGAGUACCAAGAUGCGCCAAGCCAGGAAGAAAACCACGUUGGAGAUUCAACUCGACAACAUGAUAACGCUGUUUUGUCUGUGAAUGGGUCGACCUCGGAGCAUAAUCAUCCUGACUUUCCCAGCAAAUCGCCCGAUCACUCCAAAGUUCAAAUGCCGUGGACUCCGGAACUCUCUCAAUUAUCGAAACCUGAUGCACAAUUUCCUAUGGAAAUGACCUCAGAUGCCAUUCCACCCACACCCGACGAUACACAGAAGUCAGCUCCACCUAUUGAAGCGCUGCCUCAUGAACCGCCUUUGCAUCAGGAACCGACAGAGGUGAAAGCGGAAGAUUCCGAGAGCAGUGCCUUGGUCCGUGAUGUUGAGGUUCCUGCUCAAGACGAAGUGGAUACGUACCAUAGUCCUAGAGAGCAUCAAACUCCAGACACGGAUUCACAUGACGAUUACGAGUCCAUACACUCGUUAGACAGCGUUGAUCUGGUUGAUAUGAACCGCCAUACCGCUCGUCACCACCGCAAGCACGCUCACUUUGCUUCCCUGGCAACGCUUGUUGACCGCGAAAAUACGCUAACGAACACGAUCUCGAUCGCAACGGAGGUUUAUCCAGUGACCCGCGCCACCUCAGGCACGAACGACUUCUUGCUGGUGCUUCAGCUCACGGACCCAUCCAUGGCCGGCACAACACUACAAGCUCACAUCUUCCGAUCCCACCAAGAAGCGCUCCCAUCACUAGCAGACGGCGAAGCGAUCCUCCUCCAAAAUUUCCGGCCCCAACUCUUCCACCACUCCGUAACGCUCGUAAACACAGACACAAGCUCCUGGGCCGUUCUCAAAUCCGCAGACGGAACCCAAGUAAACGCACCACAAGUCGACUCCACCAGCUACGAAAUGAGCUACGCAACCAAACUCCACAAAUGGUACCGCGAAAUUGGCACGGCAAUGGUGGCAGACAACCAACUCCAAGCCUCCAUCGGCCAAGCCAGUCGCGAAGAGACACCCGAGAGCAACGUCGCAUUCAGCGACCAAGGCAGCGUCUGUUCCCCGUCGCGCGAGUUCCGCAGUGCGUCUUCUUCGGUGUCGCAGCGGAGCUCGAGGCGGCGGAAAUCGCAUCGGAGGAUUACGAUCCAUGAGUUGCGGGAUGGGAGGAUGUAUACGGAGGUUGGGUCGCCUAGUGGAAGGGGGAGUAUACAUGAGUUGAGGGAUGGGACUGUGUAUGCGAAUCUGUGAGCGUUUUCUGAAGUUAUCAGUUGAAUCAAUGUGCAUGUCAUGUCAUUCUUGGAUAUCUCGAUUUUGGCCUGCAAAUCUUAUGAUAUUACUCUCUUAUCUCAGUUC